AUGUCCCUCCUCCCCUGGCUGCGGUGGCCUGAAGCCCCCACACGCCUGGCAGCCCGGAGCCCAGCCGAGAUGGUGCUGGACACGCUGAUGAUGGAGCUGCUGGGACAGAUGCGGGAGGCAGAGCGGCAGCAGCGCCAGCGCAGCCAGGCGGGCGGGAAGGUGCACACGGGGGCCGACUACAGCUGGCUGGCCAGCGCGCCCCGCAGCGCCUACGACCUCAGCCCGGGGGAGCGGCUGCAGCUGGAGGACGUGUGCGCCAGAGUCCCGCCGUGCUACUGUGGCCCCGCCAUCCUCAGGUUCCGGCAGCUGCUGGCCGAGCGCGAGCCCGAGGUGCAGGAGGUGGCCCGGCUGUUCCGCACGGCGCUGCACGAGGUGCUGGAGCGCGCCCGGCGCGAGGAGGAGGCGCAGAGACUGACCCGCCAGUGGCCGCGCGGGGGGCCCGCGCUCGCCUACCGGCCCCGCGCGCGCAUCGCGCCCUUCGCCCCCGACAUCCGCACCAUCUCCGAGGACGUGGAGCGCGUGGCGCCGCCGCCGCCCCGCGCCUGGAGCAUGCCCGAGUUCCGGGCGCCCCACGACGACUGA